ACCUCUAGCUGGUGCAUUUGUUUGUGCGUAGAAAGCGUAAUAACGCCUCCUGAUAUCGAAGACCGAUAUCGAUAUCAAAUCACAAACCAAAAAAAAAACAAUAAAACGCUCCAAAUUGUUUGUUUGAGCGCAAGAAAAGCCACGGAAUCAGCAGCGGACGCAGACGCCACAUCGACGGAUCGAUACCCGAGCACCCACCAGCGCCGCCAUGGACAUCAUGGACAUCCAGGCCGUAGAGUCCAAGCUAAGUGACGUCACGGUGACACCGAUUCCACGCAGCCAGGUGCAGAACUUCUACAACUACCAGCAGCAGCGGGAGCAGCGCGAGCAGCAGCCCCAGAUCCAGAUAUCGGCCAUCCACCACUCGCGCGGCUCCGGCGGAGGCGGCGGCGGCGGAUCCGGUGCGGGCUCCUCGGCCACCGACUACUCCACGGGCAGCGGGGGCAAGCGGGAGCGGGACCGCUCCUCGGCGAGCGACUACAACAGCUCGUCCAGCAAGCAGAGCUCCGCCGCGGCGGCCAAUGCAGCGGCCGCUGCCGCCGCCGUCGCCGCCCUCCAGUACUCCCCGCAGUUCCUCCAGGCCCAGCUGGCCCUGCUCCAGCAGCAGUCGAACACCACGGCCACGCCGGCCGCCGCCGCCGCUGCGGCCCUCUCGCUGGCCAACAUGUGCUCCAGCAAUGGCGGUCAGCGGAACUCCGGCUCCGGUUCCGGCGGCUCCACCUCCGCCAGCAAUGGCCAGAGCAUGGGCCUCAACCUGAGCUCCUCGCAGCUGAAAUACCCGCCGCCCUCCACCUCGCCCGUGGUGGUCACCACCCAGACGUCGGCCAACAUCACCACACCGCUGACCUCCACGGCCAGCCUGCCGUCCGUGGGGCCGAGCAACGGGCUGACCAAGUACGCCCAGCUGCUGGCCGUCAUCGAGGAGAUGGGACGCGACAUCAGGCCCACGUACACGGGCUCGCGCAGCUCCACGGAGCGGCUCAAGCGCGGCAUUGUGCAUGCCCGCAUCCUGGUGCGCGAGUGCCUCAUGGAGACGGAGCGAGCGGCGCGCCAAUGAGAGGAGGAGUCGCUGGCGCCGCAGCUGGCGACGCCGGAUUGAGCAGGACCUGGAGGCGAGGAGCAUCCUCAUCUAAUGACUAGGUUAAUUCCCCCAAUCGAGGACAGGAUGGGUCGCACUUACCGACAAAGAAUCUUGGCAGCUGCUCGUAAUCUUUGCACAAUUGUGAGCGUGUUCCGCUGGGGAAUCGUAGGAUUAAUGUUACUUAUCUUCGGGCAAAAAGAACCUGCUCAAAGAGAGGUAUUGUGGUGCCUUUUCUUGAGCGCUUCUUUUCCUGUUUGUUUUGCUUUUGUUGCUUGAAUCGAGUUAUUUAUAGUUUUUUGAGGCCCAACAGUCUUAGCAGAUCGCAAUAACGUAAAUUAUACAUCAGUUUAGCCUGUUUUUAGGUUCACUUUUGAUUUAAUUAGAUUAGAUCACUGAACGGAUUAUGCUUUAACUUACAUAAAUUGGAAUUAUUAGAUUUUAUAGAUUGAAUCGAGUAACUUAUGAGUAAAUCACUUAUGAUUCAAUUUGAUUGUAUAUUUUGAAACCAUUUUAUUGUUAGGCUAAAAACCAAAAUUGUAAACUUUUGCUCUUGGAGUUCCCUCGGACACAAGCUCACAUUGCUGCAAAGAAUGCCUGUGGCCCAGGCGGAGACCCAUCCUAUCCCAUAUUACGCAUUAAAAGUAGCAAUUUGUAUUAGCGUGUAAGUCGCCCUUCAACUUCUUGGCCCCCGGGCCGUUGGACCAUAGUUAAAGAAUGUUUAGACUAGCUCAGGUUACAAUCGGUUAACUCUACGAUGCCCUAGCUGCAGCACAAACCCAACCGCAGUCCGCCAAUCGUGUCGGACUCGCAUUUGUAUCCUCACCAUUUACAUGCCCGCUAAUCUGUAUCCGUAAGCGUAAGACUAAAGUGAUGUGUGUGCUUGUCCCCCGAGAUGUGUGUGCGUAGUGUCUGCGUAAUGAGUGCGAUCGAUGGCCCAGGAGGAGAUCCUUCGCGGGGGUGGGGGCAGGAUGCAUCGGCUGGUUGGCCACUGCCCGGGGUCUCCUCGUUACUUUUAGAGAACUAUACAAAUUCAUAUAUGUAGUUAAGCAGAGAUAUAUGUAUACAUAUAUACUUGUUAUGCAAGCAAACACUGUGCAUGUCCAAGUGAAAAUGGUGAAUUAGUGGCAAUUGACACGAGAAUAUUUAUAUAUGUAUACACAUAGAACACAACUUGUAUAUUUACUAUAUGUAUGAGCAAAUACGACUAAGUUCAAGCCUGUAUACCAAACCGAAAUCGAAAUAAAUGCGCAAUUUUGGUUUUUGUAAA